UUGGCAUUCCAGUUUGCAUUGGCUGCGGAGUCGUAUCCAAUGAACGCAGGGAUGGGCGGCUACUUCCGGUAGCUGUGUUGUUUGAGAAGCACCUCUUUCCAGCGGAGGAGAAGUUGCCGAGGCGCCGGAGGUUGAAAUAGAAGGGGUCUUUACUGGUUUAUUUAGAGAAAGAAAAUUUCAAAAUUCUCGUCGGAUGAUGGCGAAUUAAUAAGUAUUGGAAAAAGUAAGGCUUCCCUGUGAUAUGGCGUUGGUCUGGUCUUUUAUAUAGCUGUUAAUAUCUUCUCUAUGCUCCCGGUGACUGAAUCUUCAGAGGCUGUAUAUGUGAUUAUCCUGUAAUGACCUCACAAAGUGUUAAAGAAUCAGUCGUCAUGGCUGGAUGCUGCCAGACCUGCUGAGCUUUUCCAGCAACUUUGUUUUUGUUCCAAGCUAUAUCUUCUUCAGAUUCCUGCAGCUGCCAGACCGUGGUCCUCCUCACUAUUGCUGGACCUGAACCAAGACCCUUUCUCUGCUGGAGCUGACUCAAGGUGACGCUCCCUCCCCUCGCCGGACCCAACCUGAUUCUCUACCGUCCCUGCCCAAAUCAACUCCACCCAUCUGGUACACCCUAACACCUGGAGGAUACCCUCCAGCACCCUCACAUUAUACCUUUGCAGUACAUACUUAAGGUUUGACACCAGCUGUCAAAGUGGCUGUCAGAACUUUUAAAUGUCGGAAUAUGGCAACUGACUGCUUUGAAAGGGGGCCUUCAUCUGACAGUUCUACACUGAGAGAGUUGUCAGAAUGGAAGAAUGUCUCUGCAAUUCUCCUUUUACAGGACCCUUGUUUCUAAAGCUUUCAAUCACAAUGGAGUAUUGCAGACUGUUAUUAAACAAGAAGCUAUUGAGAAUUCCAAAAGUCAAUCAUCUCAGAAGCAAUCUGACAAAAAUGUAUCUGGGGGUACAAAUAAUGGUGAAGAAGAGCAACGUGUAGUGAAAAAGCGGGGCUGGCCAAAAGGAAAGAAAAGGAAGAAAGUUUUACCUAAUGGUCCCAAAGCACCUGUAACUGGGUAUGUCCGAUUUCUGAAUGAGCGUCGAGAGCAAAUUCGUAUGCAGCAUCCAGACUUGCCAUUCCCAGAAAUCACACGCAUGCUUGGAAAUGAAUGGAGCAAACUUCCUGCUUUAGAAAAACAGCAUUAUUUGGAUGAAGCAGAAAAGGACAAGCAACAGUACCUGAAGGAACUUAAAGAAUUUCAGCAAACUGAGGCCUAUAAACUGAGUACAGAAAAAAUCCAGGAGAAGAAACUAAAGAAGGGUAAGAACUGAUUUGGAGUACACCAA